AUGGCUACCCAAAUAGGAGCCGACUUUGGAAGCGAUGCCUUGACAAAUGGUUCACCAGCAAGCCGAUUAGAUCAAAGAGUCCAUAACUCAACCACCUACGGUGAUCCGAAUGUGAUCUCAUCCCCAGCUGGACAAUACGCCAUAAUGGCCACUAGCCCAAAGUCACGUCUGAAGUCCACUAGAAGUUCGAGAAGAUCUCGCCGAGGCUGCUAUACUUGUCGGAAGAGGAAAGUUAAAUGCAACGAAGAGCAUCCAAUAUGUGGAAACUGCCAUCGCUUACAGCUUGUGUGUACCUAUGAAUCUUCGGCCUCGCGCGAUUCUUUCGCCAGGGUAGAAAAGCCUCGGCAGAAAUCAUCUCUCGCACGGCAACGAACUCAAACAUCAACUAUUGGAGUUUCAGCAGUACAAGACCAGAGCUUGCCCAACCAACGAAGUCAUGCGGGCAUUACAGGUCGCGUCCAAAACGUGAGCUUAGAGGCUGAACCUCUUCAAGAUGACGAUUCAACCGCGCCCAGGAGUAUUGUGCCCAGUACAGAUAUCGAGGACCCAAUCAGGGGUCAGCAACUGCAGCAAAUUUUCCCAGACCCGGAAAAUUGGGAAUUGGAGCUUCUCGGUGAAGAGAGCCUGUGCACAAACCUUCCCAACCUCUCAAGCUUCUUUUCGGCUCAGCACUAUCCUCCUUACGAACACGUGAUGCCUUCCUACAAUAUUGCACAGCCGUUUUCAAGUUCUCUUCCCAUGAAUAAUAUACGAUCCGAUCCAUCUUCAGCCACAAAAAAUGACAACAUGAUCGCAGCUGCCCCUGUGUCAUUCCGAAAUUCUGAUCAAACCCACUUCAGCCCGUUAGAAGAAGUCACCCUUCUCAGACACUUUGUCGACUUCGCGGUGCCACCCAUUCUGAUAGGGGUCGAACCGCGAUGGCACAAGUCUCGGAAUGCACUCCUCCGUCUCUCAAAAUCCAACUUUGCUCUACGCCUCUCUAUAUGUGCCUUUUCCGCUUUGUCACUUGAAGAAUCGUCUUCAAGACAGCCAUCUCAAGCUACGCAAUCAUCUGAUUACUAUUCAGCUCUCGCAGUUAGCGAACUGGAGAAGUUAUUCGAUGGCCAAUCUGGUGAAAAUGCCGGUCCGAGCUCGUACGAGGUCAUCUUGGGAAGUAUAUUCUUUCUGUCGUACGUUGGACUUAUUGUAUCCAAAGCACCUAAAAGCUCAGUGGACCUAUUGGAUCGAGCUCAUACGCUGCUAAGCCAAAAGCCUCGCUUUGGCUCCACAUUAUACAACCAACUUCAAAUCUGGCUGAAAUUACUAGAUGCCAAGGUUGUGAGUGCAGGCGGCAGUGGCUUUCAUCUGUACACCAAUCCAGAUAAUCUAGAUCUAGAGAUUAUCCGGCAAAGCGACCCGUCAACUGGAGAUGCAGAGCACGCCAUCACGAAUGCUAAUUUACUGGAGACUGAAGAUAUUCUUUUCAACUCUCUCAACCAACAGGCAUACAGCUUCUACCUCCAAGUACUCAACUUCUCUGGCCGAAUCGCGCGCCUGGACAAAUGGCAUCGCUCUAGAGGAUGCGUAGAAGAUGAGCUCGAGGUAAUGCUUGCUGCGGAAAAAGUAAUUCGAGACCUGAAUGCGCUCUGGACACGACGACCUGCAAUCAUUGAUCUUGCAGAUCAAGGAGAGCUCCAGCAAUACAUGGCACCUGGUCUUGCGACAAAAGUGCUUCAUCAUCUUCGUACAUAUACGGCCAAUUUCCAGGCCUGCUUUAUACAUCUCCAGCGGGUCGCUUAUGCACAUCUCCAAGCAAUCCCGCAAAUCAGACCUGCAGUGGCGAGAAUUGUGAGCUUGUCGCGGAUGACUUUAGAGGAGGGGCAAUCGCUGCCAGUCAGUAUGUUGUGGCCGCUUAUGAUGGCUGCCUGUGAGGCCGAGCAAGAAGAUACACAGCACUGGAUCAUCAAAUGCAUUGAUGGUAUGGAGACUAAGGUUGGAAAUGCUACCAGGACGGCGAAAUUAGUGAGGGCAAUCGUCGAACGCCAAAAAUGCGGACAGAGAGCAGACGCUAGGACAGUCAUGCAUGAUACGUUUGAGGAAGUUUUUGCGAUUAUCUGA